AUGGCUACUGGCAACGCUUUUCCGUCCCUUGAACCCUCCGUGGCUGGUGGAAACCGAACCGUUGCCUCUCCUACCACCUCUCAUAGUGGGCCAGUCAAUGGCAAUGGAGUUGGCGCAAGUGCGAAUUACGUGGCCCCAUUGCCUGUUGGACAUCAACAAGAUUUGAAUUACCUCUUUGCACAGAUCCAAGAGCUCGGUGGAAUUCUACGAAGCAAUCGGGAGAAGGUCAAUGAUAUCACACGGACUGCAGAAGAAGUUGCGAGACGUGCUAAUGGAUCGCUUAACGAGAAUGAAGGCAACCAGGACGAAGCGCGAAUGCGUGAACUCGAACUCGAAUUGGCUCGGGCAAACCGUCUCAUUGAUAUCUACAAACACGAACAACUUGAGAAUACCAACUUGAUUGCCACCUACGAAGAUGCAAUGGGAAGAGCCACCGAGCAAAUCCGCAAUUAUUGCGGAGACAUGGAAGCGCGAUUUCUCGCGCAGCAACGACACUACAACCAGCUCUUGCAACAGGAAAAAGACGAACAUCUUCAGAGUCGAAUGGACCGUGAUUAUUGGCAUCAACAGACACUUAAGGUUUCUGAAAUGAUCCGAAAUGCUCUUCGAUAUCGUACCGAAGAGUGGACGGAGGAAUAUAGAAUUAUUUCCGGACUUCAAAGUGAAGUGAGAUGUCUUCGGCGAUGUUUGGGUAUGGAGGCAGAGAAACCAGAUGAAGAGACUGGGUACCCCUAUCUCAGCCAAUUGCCAUUGAAUGAUCAAGCAUGA